AUGCUGGAUCAAAAGAACGAAAUCGAAAUGAGCAAAGAUCUCAAUCACGCGAAGGCUUCCACGACCAAAAGUCAAAGAUCCAUUACCAAAGCCAACCGUCAAGUUUUUGGAAGACCUCAUCUGUAUGUGGUACAAAGAAGUACUAUAGCACCGAAAGGUAUCUUAUCAAAGAGCAACACUGAACCAAAGCAACUUGGCUUUGAAGAAUCCAAAGAAGGAAGAUCGACAAUGGCAUCAUCACUAGAGGACAAGGCGUUAUCCGACACGGAUGUGUCUAGCCAAGGCAGCGAUGCAGAAGUGGGCAACAUGAAAAAGAUGCUGAUGGAUACCAAAGUGGAGGGCGGCAAGUCCGCAUGGGCGACCACAUUGGAGACGUUGGGUAUGAGUGAUGGUGGCAAGAAGAAAAAGGGCGAUAUUCUCUGUGAUAGCUUUGCAGAAGCCAUGAAGGUAUUCUACGAAUUGAUUCAAGGCAAAGAUUGGGACUUUGCCACGACGCCCUUUGACGACUUUAAUGCUACCAAGGAGCAGCUGUUUCAAGCCUUUGUUCAUUGGUCUCGCAAGAGUAGUGACGAUGGUGAAGCAAGCUCUUACAAUCCUUCCAAAGCACUAAGGCGGUUGGAAGCGUAUGUGGAAUGGAUGAACAAGAAUUGCAAGGACAUGAACCUGCAGGGUAGCACCAUGAAAGAAGCGGCGGAUAACUGGAAGAUGAAGAUUACACAUGACAAAAAGGGACGUCUCGUGUGGUGGAUUGAUAUCCCUAGUCUGGAUCUGAAAUCUCUCAAGCAGGUGCCUCCGGAGGACACGCUGCGACUCUUUGUAUGGAUGAGCCACAUGAUCGUCUUUGACAAGGGGGCUCAAGAGCAUGGAUUGGUUCUGGUAGAAGCCAUGGGCAAACACACGGGCCUUAUGGAAACAAUGACAACUGUAUCCAUGGAUGUUGGCACCAAACUGGACCGUUUGACCAUUGGGAUUCUCCCUAUCAAAAUGGAAGCUUGUUUUGUUUACAACAAUCCUACUUGGCUGCGUGUCAUCAUGGCACUGAUGAGCCCAUUCAUGGGUGCAAAGAUGAGGAAGCGAAUCUUUGUUGUACCCAACAAGACGGAACCUCAGGCGUACUUUGAGGAAGAGUUGGGGAAAGAGAACUUCCCCACUGGAAUUUCACAGCUAGAAGGAUCGGUAGAAAAGGACAUGGUGGCUCAAACAUUGGAGAGAUUGGCAGGAAAGGAUGUGAUCACCGAUGAGAUUGAGACCUAGCUAGCUCUGCAGAAUGCAUGGUUUGUUUGUUGUUUGGUCUACAGUAACCGUAUUUAUUAGUACUUGUCUAUUAUGAACU